AUGACUCUUGAAUUAGAAUCACUUGAAGACUUCGUUUCCAUUGAAAUAUAUUCAAAACUUCACCUCGACCCUUCUUCACAAAUUUCCAAUACUAAUCUCGUUCUUUCCCUUUACAGAAAUUCGCCCAUCAAAAAAUUCUAUGCCGGCAAGAAUGUGUUCAUUACCGGUGCCACCGGCUUUGUGGGUGUUACCAUCAUAGAAAAAUUCCUACGUGAUAUUCCCGAAAUCGGCACCCUAUAUAUUUUGAUGCGCGGCAAACGUGGCAAAUCUGUUGAACAACGUUUGGAAGAUUUGAAAAAGAAUUCCGUUUUCAAUAAAUUUAAAGAAUUGAAAUUGGAAGAUCGUUUUGCCAAGUUGAAACCCGUUGAAGGUGAUGUGGGACAAGAUAAUUUGGGUCUCUCAGAUGCCGAUCGCCAGCUGUUGAUCAACAACGUUAAUGUUGUCAUCCAUUCGGCUGCCACAUUAGACUUCUUCCAAGGUUUACGUGAAACAACAUGCAUUAAUUUGUUGGGUACCCGACGUGUUGUGGAGUUGUGUUCGCAAAUACGCAAUUUAAAUUCAUUGGUACAUGUAUCCAGUGCCUAUGUUAAUUCAUAUAUCACUGAAGUGGAAGAGAAGUUAUAUCCCGCCCCCGAUGACCCAGAGAGAAUUAUUGAAUUGGUCAAUAAAUCAACGGAUAAGGAACUGAAGGAAAUGGAACCAAAGGUUCUCAAGGACCAUCCCAACACAUAUACCUUUACAAAACACUUGGCAGAACAUGAAGUUGCCAAGGCUUCGACACGUUUUGCCUGUGGCAUUGUUAGACCCAGUAUGAUCACCGCUGCCUGGAAGGAACCCAUACCCGGUUGGACUAUCUCGAAAAAUGGUCCACAAGGUUUCGUUAUGGGCGCUGCCAAGGGUGUCAUUCGCCGUUUGCCCUUAGAUGCUUCAAUUAUUAUGGACUACAUACCAGUUGAUGUGGUUACAAAUGGCAUUAUCACAACUGGCUAUUAUGUGGAUGCAUUGAAACAAAAGAAUGGCAACAAACCUGAUAAAUUGCAAAUCUUCCACAUGACCUCAAGUACCUAUAAACCAUUCCGUUUUGAGUCAUUGAAAUCUCAAAUGAAUAUGGCCAUGCAUGAAUAUCCUCUGAAAUCUGCUGUGUGGUAUCCACAUCUUAAGUUUGUUGACAACUUGACGGUAUUCCGUAUUGGUGCUAUUCUAUUUCACUUUUUACCAGCCAUAUUUUUGGAUCUGUUGACAUUAGUAACGGGUGGUAGACCUAUUCUCUUGAAAUUGCAUCGCAAUGUUUGGAACUCUUUGAACACCUUGGAGAAAUUCAUUUUCACUGAAUGGCAUUAUGACAAUAAGUUGGGUGUUAAAUUGGCCAAAUCAAUGGAUCCUGUGGAUCAGAAAACAUUCUGCAUUGACAUUGAAUCGUUGAGCUGGGAGGAAUAUUUCAAAAAUAUGCACAUGGGUGUACGUGAAUAUUUGAACAAGGAAUCACCAAAGAAUUUGGAAGCUGCCAGAAGCAAGGAUAAUAUUUUAAUGUGGCUCCAUGUUGCCCUACAAUUGGGUUUCUACUAUGGCAUCUUCCGUCUGUUCCUUUGCUUUGGCAUGACAAAUGGUUUGGCCGCCCUCUUUUUGCCACUUGUCUACAUUCUGAUGUAUCCUCUAUAA